AUGGUGGUGAGGCGGGGGCUGACACGGCUGGGCGGCCGCGGCGUGGCCGCGGCGGUGGUCUCCGCGCCGCGGGGGGGAGCGGUGGGCUUGGAAAGGAAGAAGGGGUCCUGCCCCACGCCCUUGGCGUCCAUCAGCUCGGUGGGGACAGGGGUACCACGCACAACCACGUCUGCGCCCACGGCGCCGCCCGCCAGCAGCCCCCCCGGCACCCCCGGCCGCGGCGCCCGGCCACCGCCCGCCGCCCCCAGCACCCCGCCGCUGCCCGCCUGGCCCACUGCGGCACACGCUACCUCCUCCUACAAGAUCUACGUCCACGACUCGGCGCCGUCCUGGACCUUGUCUCCCUUCCAGGAGUCGACCACCACCACGCCGGAGGCCAGCACGACCCCCAAAACCCAUACCACAACGUAUUCCACUGAGCGAUCUGAGCACUUUAAGCCAUGCAAAGACAAGGAUCUUGCAUAUUGUCUCAAUGAAGGGGAAUGCUUUGUGAUUGAAACCUUAACAGGAUCACAUAAACACUGCCGGUGCAAAGAGGGCUACCAGGGAGUCCGCUGUGACCAAUUUUUGCCGAAAACCGACUCAAUCUUGUCAGAUCCAACAGACCAUUUAGGAAUUGAAUUCAUGGAGAGCGAGGACGUGUACCAGCGCCAGGUGCUGUCCAUUUCCUGUAUCGUCUUUGGCAUAGUCGUAGUGGGCAUGCUUUGUGCAGCGUUCUACUUCAAAACAAAGAAACAAACAAAGCAAAUUCAUGAACAGCUGAAAGAAACACAGAAUAGGAAAACCUACAGCCUAAAUGCUUCCAGCAUGAUGGCAAAGUCGGAGUGUAUGGCACAAAGCCAAGUCCAGCUGCAAAAUUAUUCAAAACCAGACAGGCAUCCGGGGCCUAUUCUGCACAAGGUUAUGGAGUCUAGUUUUUCAGGCCCUCAGUCUUUCCCAGAGGCCUUGUCUCCUGACAGAGGAACUCAGCCCAUCAAGCAACACAGAAGUCUCUCUUCAUGCUGCAGCCCAGGACAGAAAAGUGGGAUGCUACAUAGAAAUGCCUUUCGGAGGACUCCUCCCUUGCCUCGGGGUAGGUUCAAUGGAAUUACAGGACCAGCAUAUCAACAGCUAGAAGAGUCAAGGAUCACAGACCAGGACACAAUACCUUGUCACGGGUAUUCAUCCAGUGGUUUAAAAACUCCUCAGAAUACUUCAAUAAAUAUGCAACUGCCUUCAAGAGAGUCAACCCCAUAUUUUAAUAACGUGGAUCAGAAGGACUUGGUCGGCUAUUCAUCUUCAAGGGCCAACUCCGUUCCCAUCAUCCCGUCUGUGGGCUUGGACGAAGCCUGCAUGCAAAUGCAAAAUGUUUCUGAAAUAACAGGCAUCAAAUGGUGCAAAAACUCCUAUUCCGCUGAACUUGUCAAUGUGAGUUCCCCUGUCAGUAAUUGUCUUAUAGCAGAACAACACGAAGUGAAAAUAUUGCUAGAAACUGUGCAGGAGCAGAUCCGGAUUCUGACGGACGCGAGGCGGUCGGAGGACUAUGAACUGGCGAGCGUAGACGCAGAGAGCAGCGCGAGUGAAAACACGGCCUUUCUGCCCAUGAGCCCCUUGACCAAGUCGGAGCGAGAGGCGCAAUUUGUCUUAAAAAACGAAACGCAAAGAGACUCAGUAUUGACCAAGUGACUUUGUGUGGGGGUUGUGGGAGGGGAAAUGAGAGAUCUGUGCAUUCGAUGCUUUGCUAAACAGGAAGGGAGGAAGUUAAAUACAAAUUAUUUAUAUGCAUUAAUUUAAGAGCAUCUACUUAGAAGAAACCAAAUAGUCAAUCGCCCUCAUAUCAUAGUGUUUUUUAACAAAAUAUUUUUUUAAGGGAAAAGUUCCAGGAGGGAUGAAGCGUGCAUCAGGUGCUUUCUAGGCAGGAUUACACAGUUUCAGUUACAGAGGAUUUUACCAUGGUCCCGUUCAACUGUCCAAAGUCUUAGGCUAUGCAUCUUUUUUUCAGUAAAUCCAAGACCAUUCUUAGAUGCAUUUGUGGUUUCAGGGCAGUGCUGCAGCGAGUUACUGGCCAGGGAUUCAGACCCUGGGGACCAAGUCCCGUGAGCCCAGCACAGUUCCAAUCCCCUCUCCCCCUCUCCUCUUGACUCCAGGUUCAUACCACAGAAACAGGCACACAGAUUCCUACUUCUGAGUUCUUGUACCUGCUGUGGAAUGAGGACAUCCCUAAACUGAACAUAUUCUUAACUCUCGACCUUAAUUUGAUGUGUCGGUCAGCCAAGAAAGUCAUUGGAAUCUUUGGAGCUUUGGGGUUUGCCAAGCGUGGAGAGGGAUUGGGUUCUGUAGAGAUUCAGUGGUCAGAAGCGGGUGGCUGCUCCAUCUUCUGAGCUUUGCCUACCAGAGCUGCCUUGGUGGAGAAUUAGGAAGAACAAGGGAAAAUGCAGAAGUGUGUAUUACAACAGGUGUGGUUUUGGUUUCUGAUUUGUUUUUUUUUUGAGUGGCACCAUAAACUCCGUUGUUCGUUAGCACCCCUAAACAUUUCUAAACUUUUACACUUUGAAGGCAUUUGUAAGCUCUCAAGGAGCACUUCUUGGUGUCUGUGUAUAUUUUUUUUUAACUUACCUUUUAUUAUGAGUUGUUCAGAGAAGAGUCAGGGAGAUCCAGUAUGAUCAAAAUCCAGCUGAUAAGUGUUCACUAUGCCUAAUUUGUUCCUGCAUUCAAUUCUCCAGUUACUUAAAUUAAUUAUGGCUUAGGCUUGUGAACUUUAAAGUUUCAACCCUGCAGAUGAUUCAGUAUGGACAGACCCGCAGGCAUGCACAGAUCUGAGUCUAAUGGGGCUGUAUAAGAGCAGAUGGUUUCCACCAAGUCACUCCCUGCAGGGGAUCAAGGUCUUAGAGAAGAAGUGUCAUUACCUGGCUGCCGUACCCCAGUCACAUUAGAGCACUUUUUCCAUUAGCUUUCUUUUUAGUCCCUCUUUCCCCCAGAAAUUGUAACAAAAUAUGCCAAUAGUGCAAUGAAUUGGGUUUGGUGACACAUAUUACUGGUUUUAUUGGUAUUAAAAUAUCUGCUUAUUCUUGGAGGGAAAAGUCAACUGUAAUAAAUAAUUGCGAAAUAGCCUUCAGUGGUUAAUGUCAGAAGAUUGAUUAAAAAAACCCAGUAUAUACAGAAUGUAUUUAAACAUUCCUUUGCAGCAAAUUAAUGGUUAAAUUUAUUAAUGUGCCCCAGACUUUCUAGUUCACAAGUCUCAAGACUUCCCAAAAUAGCACAAUCGAUCACGCUGUGCUGUUGUAUGUUGAGUCAGAAUAAAGCAAUAUUUUAACCUCUGUCAAGUAAAUUUGGAAAAGAAAUGCUGAAGGUGUAUGUCAUUUUUUUUGUUAAGGCAGUAAAAAAAAAU